AUGGAUCAAGAAUUCCUCCCUCAGUCUCGACAACCAACACCGCGUGAAAGAGUUAAAGCCCGCCUGCAGAGGAGGGGCACCUCCGACCACCCGCAACAACAAUCACCCACACAGCCAUCAGAGCACUACAAUCACCAAAGCACGCAGAACAGCGCCGCACUCAGUCUAUCAGCAGUGGACGAAGAGAUUUCAUUUUCGCCUCGCUCCAAGUGCAUGCCGCCUCAGGAAGGGUCGGAGAUGAUCCUCGUACGGUUGACUGAUACGCCUCAGGAGGACAACAAUGACCUUGGUCAGGAUCAACCUACCAAACCGACCGACCGAGUCCUAUAUUUUGGAGACGAGUCGAUCUGGUCUGAUAGCCUUCGAAGAGCUCGGAGCAGCAAAUCCCGAUAUCCUGCAAGCCCACAGCUUCUAAGCACCCGAUUAUUGGUGGACAGUAACAACAUCCAUUAUGCGGUGCCUCCAACAGUCAAGGAUCAGCCGCAGGACAUUCCUCAGGAUGAUCUCGAUGUUCGGCAGGAAGAAAUGAAGUUGCUCCAGAGGAAAGGAGCCUUUUCUCUACCACCUCCCAACAUCCAACGGAAACUUCUCGAUGUGUAUUUCACCUGGCUAUAUCCCUUACAGCCCAUACUCGAUAAAGAACAGUUUCUCGACGACUUUGACAGGGGUCAAGCACCCAUAAUUCUUCUCCAAGCAUUGCUAUUUGCCGGCACGACCUGCUGUGACGAAAGUGUCGUCGUCCAAUUUUGGCCCAGUCGCCGAGCUGCUCAAUCCACCCUGUACAAGCGGGUCAGGGCGCUGUAUGAUGCGGAUCACGAACAGAAUCGGGUCACGAUCGUGCAAGCUCUCUUCCUCAUGUGUUUGUGGUGGGGGAGUCCCAUGGACAAAAAGGACUUUAGACACUGGUUGGCGGCAUCUAUCCAUCUGGCACAAGUGACUGGCAUGCAUCGGUCGACCAAAGACUCCCAUCUGCCCACCAAAGACAGAAGGCUCUGGAAACGUAUCUGGUGGACGUUAUAUGUCCGGGAUCAUUUCGAUGCUGCGUCCGUAGGCCGGCCCAUGAUCAUCCAUGACGACGAUUGCGACGUCGAGCCUUUGUGCCUGACUGAUUUUGAAUGCGACGAGAAUGGAAUGCCACCGGUGGGAGCUAUGUAUUGUAUCGAAAUGACGAAACUGGCGACUCUAAAAUCCAAGCUGAUAUGCAAAGUCGGCCGAGCCAUUCGAACCGUCCGAUCCAGUCAAAGUGACAGAGAUCCUCCCACGGACUCCAAAGGAGCCAUUGAUUACGAUCUUUCGGCUUGGGAAAAGCAGCUGCCCGAGCAGUUACGAUACCACGAAGAGGAGUGUAGCCCACAGGCCAAGCUGUUUGCAGCCAUGCUAAUGCUGGCCCUCCAUUUCUGCCGGAUUGUCCUGCAUCGAAAAGGCUUCCUGGACUCGACGAAACACGAGAACGAGACCAAUUCGAUGGCCCCAGCGUCUGCGAAUGUUGUAACUCGGAUUGUCGAAGAACUCCUGAGCGAGGGUCUUCUGCCGCGGACACAAGUACAUUUAAUCGCGGUGAUUUUUGCCUCGUUCACGAUCCAUAUUGUUUCGAUGGAGCAAAGCCAGGGCGCACGCCGGCGAGUCCUGCAACACAAGGCCAAGAUGUGCCUAUUAGGUCUUGCCGAGUUUCGUGACUAUUGGCCCUUUGUGGACUGGAUGUAUCGACUAUUCAGUGGUCUCUUGCACUGGCUCGAGGUCGGGGACAGUAACACCUUGAACUCCCCCUUUUUCUCCUUCGAGGGCCACCACAACCAGCCACUGUGUACAACCACCCAGCUUCGUCCAGAGCACAUGCCUCUACAAGCUGCCGCCGCCGCCGCUGCGGUUGAACUGACGGAUAACAGCAUCACAGACGUUACCACCACUACCCAUGGUGAUAACAGCACGGCCGUGUCUCUGCCGCUCUCGUAUGAGCAAGAUGCAUGUUCCAUGACCGAUGCUCCGCCCGAUCAUUCCGGCAUGCUCCAGCAAUUCAUGUCCGGCAUGUUGACAUCAGACAACUUUCUGGACCCGUUUAUGCCACUGGAAAAUCUCGAUUGGGGUGAUAUGAUCCCAACGUGGCCAACUUAG